UUAUUCCUCUGAUUUUCUUUGACAGGCCCAAGCUCAAUGAAUGAAUCUAACUCAGCAGCGACGCCUGGAGCAAUUGAUGGAGUAAUGCUUGUACGAGCUAAGGAAUUAGUCGCCAUACUAUCUCUGCCUCUUGCAACGCUUUUGUUGGGCCUCUUUGUCUAUUGUGUAUGGAAAAAACUCAGGAUGACAAGCAAGGGUGAGGAUUUGGUACAGUUAGAUUUGGGCAUGACCAUAAAGUCUGAAAAUUUGGAGCUGCUGGAAGAAGAUAAGCGUGGAGAUAUCAGGAAAAAGGAAGUCAAAAUGCCAUUAUUCAGUUUUACAAGUGUUUCUGCUGCAACUGAUAAUUUCUCAGAUGCAAAUAAGCUUGGAGAGGGUGGUUUUGGACCUGUUUACAAGGGAAUAUUAUUGAAAGGGGAUUUGGUAGCUGUGAAAAGGCUUUCAAGAAGAUCGGGCCAAGGUUGGGAGGAGCUAAAAAAUGAAGCUAUGCUCAUAGCCAAGCUCCAACACAACAAUCUUGUUAGACUUUUGGGCUGCUGCAUUGAACGAGAUGAAAAGAUACUAGUAUAUGAAUAUAUGCCAAAUAAAAGUUUGGACUUUUUCAUUUUUGAUCAAGAAAAGCGCAAGAUUUUAGAUUGGCAAACGCGGAUUCGAGUGAUUGAAGGCGUUGCACAAGGGCUUCUUUACCUUCAUCAAUAUUCUAGAUUGAGGAUUAUUCAUAGAGACUUAAAGGCUAGCAACAUUUUGUUAGAUACCGAAAUGAAUCCGAAGAUAUCAGAUUUUGGAUUGGCAAGAAUAUUUGAAGGAAACGAAUCACAGGCAAAUACAAAUAGAAUUGUUGGCACUUAUGGUUAUAUGUCCCCUGAAUAUGCUCUGGAAGGCCUCUUCUCCAUCAAGUCAGAUGUUUUCAGUUUUGGUGUUUUGUUGUUAGAGAUUGUGAGUGGUAGGAGGAACACUGGGUUUUAUCAGACCGAUUCUUUCCAUCUUCUUGGAUAUGCAUGGGAAUUAUGGACAAGUGAUAGGGGAUCGGACUUGGUGGAUCCACUACUUGAUGAUGUAUCCUCCGUCCGUGCGGCAUUGAAAUAUGUAAACAUAGGUCUCCUGUGUGUUCAAGAAAGCGCAGCGGAUAGACCUACAAUGUCUGAUGUUGUCGCAAUGCUUAGCAGUGAAAGUACGGCUCUACCUUAUCCCAAACAACCUGCUUUCUUGAAUAUGAGAAGUGUGAUGAAGGCAAACCCUGGUAUUAGUAGGACAGAAAUCUGUUCUGUGAAUCAUGCAACUGUUUCAAUUAUCGAAGGCCGAUAACAUUUUUUGAAUUAA